GGCAAGUAAAGUCAAUGAAUCAGACACGGACGAGACACUUUUCACGAAAAGAUUUUUUGUGUGCUGUCCGGCGAAAAACUGGGUUUGAACGCGAGUUUUCUCCUUAUCCGUUCCCUGAAUCCACCUGAUCCUGAAAACGAAGUCAUGAGGUGUCCAAAGGGAGUUGAAAUAACUGGCGGAGUCAAGCCAGAAUACAGUCAAAUUCUAUCAUAUGAAGCCCUGGAAUUUCUUGCUGAUUUGCAUCGAAGUUUUAACUAUCAAAGAAAAAAGCUGCUAAGAAAACGACAGGAAAUCCAAGCAGAAAUAAACAGUGGGAAGCAAAUUAAAUACCCUGAAGCUCACCAUGACAAGGAUUGGAAGGUGGCACCUGUCCCACAUGAUCUGCAGAUGCGACAUGUGGAGAUCACUGGACCAACAGACCGUAAGAUGGUGAUUAAUGCCCUGAACAGUGGGGCAGACAUGUACAUGGCUGAUUUUGAAGACUCACUGACUCCCUCCUGGAAAAAUAUUGUGGAGGGACAAAUGAACCUCUUAGACGCAAACAAGGGGACCAUUAGUUUUAUCAAUGCAGAUGGAUCAGAGCGGCGGCUGAAGGACAAAACAGCCUGCUUGUUGGUUCGUACCCGUGGCUUGCACCUGGAUGAGAAGCACAUCCUUUGUGAUGGAGAACCCAUGAGUGGUGCUCUGGUAGAUUUUGGACUUUACUUUUUUCACAACGUCCACAUUAGGCUUGCCAAUGGCUCUGCCCCAUACUAUUAUCUUCCAAAAAUGGAGACUCACUUGGAAACUAGGCUUUGGAAUGAUGUUUUUAAAUCUGCUCAGGAUUACAUGAAAGUUCCUCAAGGAACCAUACGUGCAACUGUUAUGUUGGAGACUCUGCUUGCAGGAGUGAACAUGGAAGAAAUGCUUUAUGAGAUAAGAGAGCACUGUUGUGCUAUGAAUGCUGGAAGGUGGGACUACAUUUUUUCAGCAAUCAAAAGAUUCUCCAGAAAACCUGACUGUGUGCUACCAGAUCGUAAGCAGAUAUCAAUGACAGUACCAUUCAUGCGAGCAUAUACAGAGCGCCUUGUCCAGGUGUGCCAUCAGCGUGGAGCUCAUGCAAUGGGUGGAAUGGCGGCCUUUAUUCCAAGCAGAAAAGAUGAAAAUGUCAAUAAGAUGGCAUUUGAAAAGGUCCGUCAGGAUAAGGAGCGGGAAGUGGCUGAUGGAUUUGAUGGCACCUGGGUUGCACAUCCUGAUCUUGUACCUUUUGCCAAGGGAAUCUUUAUGAAGGGCUUGCAUGGUGCCUCCCAUCAAAAACAUCGCCUUCGGGAGGAAGUAAAUGUCAAGGUUGAAGAGAUCUUGUCAGUCUCUGUACCAGGAGGAAAGAUCACUGAGGAAGGCGUGCGAGUUAACAUCGGUGUUGCUCUUCAGUAUCUGAGCAGCUGGUUGUCGGGGCUUGGAGCAGUGGCCAUACACAAUUUGAUGGAAGAUGCAGCCACAGCAGAAAUUUCACGAGCACAACUAUGGCAGUGGCUGCGUCAUGGUGUACGACUAGAGGAUGGACGUCCCUUCACCCCAGAGUUUUACAAGACCUUACACAAAGAAGAGCUUGAAAAACUUGGAGGUCCAUCUAAGAGUCGUUUGGCACAGGCUUCUCACCUUCUAGACAAGUUGGUACUCUCUGAAGAGUUUGAAGAGUUUUUGACUCUGCCAGCAUAUGAACUUCUUGAUAACCCCACAGCCAAGCUGUAGAUUUCCAGUUACCUAACUUAUAAGUCCUGCAGCUCAAGUGUUCUUAAUUGCUGUACUUGGUUUAAUAUGGUGUAAAGUUGUCCAGGGAUCCACUUUUGUCACAAACAAUUGUCUGAGCAACAAGUGCGCAUUUAUUUAGGUUGGACUCUUGUAAGUGAUAAUUUUGUGGUUGUUGAAAGGACAAAUGUUAGCAUCAUUAGAGGCCUGUUCUUCUACAGACUUUGAGACUGGUAAACAUUGUUAUUUGAAAGAAAACAUGAAUGUAAUAAUUAAAGUUGAAGGAUGAUGUAGUGAUGGUUUACUAACAAUGAUGCAGUGACCAUAAUAAAAAGAGAAUCUGUGUGGAAACCA